ACCGAACGGUCAUCAAGAACAACAAAAAAAAAACCAAAUACACAAGACACAAAAAGCAGACACACACACACUUUUUUUGUAUACGCGAAAUAAGUGCAUAUUUUUAGAAUUUUUUUGCCUAAAAGAAUUUUUUAAAAAAAUUUUAUUUUUCAAAAUUAUGUGCAAAUUCAGAGCAAAUAUUUAUAUAAUUUUAUAGUAGUAACCAGUAAAGUUAAAACGAAACUCUUUAAAAGUAAAUGUUUAAAUAAUUUUUAAAAUAAAAAUCAACCAAUGAAAGUGAACUAAUUGUGGUGAAAAGAAAAAUGCCCAGGGGAUCGCAGAAAUAUAGCAAGAGUUUAAUAUUUAUAUUGCUGUUGAUAUUUCUAGCAUUUUUGCCACCUUCUCAUGAACUAUCGUUCGGUUGGGGUGGUGGUGGAGAUGAUAGUAAGGCAAAGGAUGUGUCUGGUGAUGCCUCAGCCAAUCUUCGAAAAAUUAGCAAGAAACAUACCCUGCAAAAGAAAUUCAAAUUUCAUAAAAUCGAACGCAUUGAACAGCUGGAUGAUGAGGAGGAUGAUGGUGAUGUAGAAGAUGGCAAUGAUGACACUAAUGAGAAUCUGGCAGGCGAAGAGAUUGAUGACAAUGCCACCAACGAAAGGGCGGAUGACCAGAACGGUGAUGAAGACGACGAAGAGGAGAAUGAUUCACAGCGUGAUCGUGCUGCCUCGCUAAAUAGUGAAAACAACGAUGACGAAGAAGAGGAAUUUCAAUUUAAAAGGGCUCGCAAAGCAGAGAAAAAAAUUACUACUACUAGACUGUCUGAGGAAACGUCUAGCACAGAGAAAUCAAAAUCAUUUUUUGGUAACAUCUUUGGUGGCCUGUUUGGUGGUGGUAGUGACGAAGCAGCAGAAAGUGUUAAAAGUAGUAGAAAGAGUUCCAAAGAAAGCAGCGAACAUCAAUCUAAAGAAGAUACUAAAUCGAAUGGCAUUAUUGAUUGGUUAAUGUGGUUGGGCGAAAGAACGGGACGUUUAAGACCAGCCACUACUGAAUCCGAAGAAGACAAUGUUUCGACGGCUGCCAGCAGUGGUGAAAAUUGGCUUGACUAUUUCAAUCGUUGGCCUUUUAAUAGUCUUUUUCCCAUAGGAAAACCACCUAAACCGAUAAGUAUGCCAAAACCGUCAACAACCAAAUCAUCGGCGAAAAAACGUUCUGAAACUAGUGCUGGUGGAGGUGGUAGUGGAGGGGAUGAUGCCAGUUACGAGGAGGCUAUGAGCCAAGAUAGCUUUGAUACACUUAUACGUAAUCUACCGAAUUUUGUUAUCAAUCCUUCGGAGGUUUCAGAUGCUGAUUGUCGUCAACAGCUUCAAAUAUUUCAACGUCAAUUAAGGGGUCACAAAGUAUGGACAUUACAAAUGUUGGACUCGACUGGAAAAGUUGGCAAUGGCUUAUUGCGUGGCAACAUCAAUCAAUUUGGAGAUUUUGAUGUGUGCACUGGUAUUAAAACGAUAGUCAAAGUUAGUACCUCCCAGCAGGUCCGUAUACGGGGUAAAUAUUGUUUGGCUCACAUAGAAACACAAGCGGGAAUAACGGAACUUAAAGUGCCAGUGCAUAUGGUACAUGGGCGUGGAUUAUUCAAUAGUCAUUUAGGAAAUCCCAGUCAUUUUAUACCCCGCUAUGGUGUUGCUAAUUGGGGUAUUUGUGUACCCAGUGGCUGUUCCGGUCAAGUGGUACAAGACAUGCUGCAGUCCAGUCUAGAAGCGUAUAACUCGACCGGCAUAGAAUUUCAUGCAGAAGUCAAUGAUAAUGAUUGCUAUGUAAAACAUAGUAAAAAAUUUAUAAAACUAAUGAAAAAAGAUAAAAAGUUUUGUGCCACACUUUUAUAUAUUUCAGGAUUGAUUUUAUUAGCUAUAGCUAGUUUAAUGUGGGAACAUUGGAGUCUAAUUAAACCUAUUUUGGAAACAAUAUUAAACAUUAUUAAAAAUUUGAUUGAAAAAAUCAAGAAAAAACUAGAAAAGUCACCCGAAGAAUCAACGGCAGAAAAAACUGAACUGAACGGUGAAGAGGCCGAAAAAGAAGAAACCGAAACAGAACCUGAAGAAACUACAAUACCAGAAGCCCCAGCAGAAGGGGAAGAAGAGUCUCCUAAGGAAAACGAAACAGAAGAGGGUGCGGAAGAAGAUCCAACAAGUGAAAAUCUUUCUCUCAAUCAAUUGGCUUUAGAAAUUUUCAAAUCUUUUUCUCCUCAACGUACUUUCACCAUUUUACUUGCCCCCGACGCGUAUGAUGUACAAUUUCCUGUCUUUCACGUGCUGAAAAUUGCCGCCACUUUUAUGUUGUAUUUGUGUUUGAAAUUCUUAAUGAUUGGCCAUAUGCCAAUAAUAAAUCGUGAUCAACUCGUGCGCACGCUAGACCAUCCCUUGAGUGUUUUGAUUCGUUCACCCAUGAUUUAUGCUGACAUUUUACUAUUAAUAAGCGGUUUCUUGUCGGCCUACCAGUUGUCUGAGGAAAUGGAACAAAAGUCAUAUAUACAUUUGUUGAAGCGUUUGGGUUCGAAACUAAGUCGAUAUUUGCCUACCGUUUAUUUGUUGAUCUGUUUUCAAACUUGGAUUUUACCUUAUUUGAGCUCGGGUCCUUUGUGGACCAAUCUCGUUGGCCAAAAUUCACGUUUAUGUGAUGAUCAGUGGUGGCGCAAUUUGUUGAGUCUGCAAAAUGCCAUCGAUUUUGAAGAAACAUGCUCACCAUCGACUAUACAACUGGCUUUAGAGGUGCAACUUUACAUAUUGGGACCGCUCAUAGUAUGGCUAUUCUACACCGACUCUGAUGCUGGUUUCUUUGUCUACGGAGCAUUACAUGCAAUGUCCGUAGCUGCUAGAUUUUCUCGAACAAAUAAAGAACAUUUAUCCAUGACAUUAUUUCAUGGUAUAAAUGUCAGCAAAUUUUAUCGCACUGCCAAUAUAUUGUAUUCAUCGCCCAUUAGUCGAGCUACCACUUAUCUUCUGGGCAUAGGCGCUGGCAUUUUCCAAAGAACCAAUCAGGGCAUUAUCGAUUUAACACCCGAAAUGAUACCAUUCGGCUGGAUUUUAGCAAGUCUUGGUAUAUUUUGGUGUUUGUGGUCACCAUCAGCUGGCAUGCGUACAGAUUUUAUUUACACAUCUUCUGAUGCUGCCUCUUACGCAUCGUGGUGUCCUCUGGUAUUUGGUUUAAGUUUAUGUUGGUUUAUAUUCAUGUUUCCGAAAAGUGAAAAUUCCAUUAUAAGAUUUCUGCUGUCAUCGAGACCCAUAUUGAUAAUAUCCAGACUAGUGUUUCCCAUGCAAUUGGUAAUGUACAUAGUGGUUUUGUAUAAUACGGCCGGAAUAAAAGAAUCUGAUAAAUUUCAUAUAAGUGAUUUGAUUAAUGUCCAGGAAAUGUUUCAAAUUUUUGUAGGCACCAUUAUAGUUUCAUUCCUUAUCGAUAUACCAUCUCAAAAUAUACGCCGUUUGCUAGUUAAUCGCAUUUUCAUUGAACGUCCCCAUCAUGAGUCUGAAGAACAAGAACCUAUUUCGGGUGCUGAUCCCUCUGAGGCUUCCGAAGAACCCAGUGAACAUGUUACCAGUGAUACACCCGAACCUCCCGACACUAUUUGGGGUUCAGAUCCUGAAGAAGAAGAACAAAAGUAUUUAACAAGACGACGUAGUUCCACAGAAGUACCGGCAAAAGAAACGACCACCACAAUAAAGGAGGAAGGAGAGGUAGAGGUGGAAGAAGAGGUGGAGGUGGUGGAAGAAGAUGAGGAGGAAGAAGAAAUCAGUGAAGCUGAGGAAGUAAAGAAACGACCUGAAACGCCCCCACCACCAUCACCACCGCCCGUAGAGAAAAAACCCGCUGAAGAGGAUUCUUUACCAUAUAGACGUCGUCGAAGACCCUUAUCAGAUGAUUAACUUUUUUUGGUUACCUUUUUCCCUUCCACAUCUAAAAAUAAAAGACAUCCAUUCAAUUCCAUAUCAUAGACCGAAGGAAAUAUAUUGACUGACCUUUCAUAUAUUAAUACAUCAAAAUUUGUACUAACCCCAGGUAAAUAUGUGUUUCUUUCAUUCCUUUUUUUUUUGUGACUAUACAUAUAUUUCAUAUGAUUUUAGGUGUCAUUUAAAUUUAGAAGAUUUUUAAAUAAACAUCUUCUUAAAUAAUCAAAUUUAAACAAAAUUAUUGGUAAAUAAUUAAAAUUUUGUAAUAACAGUAA